ACCCCAACGAAACCUCAGUUUAAGCAUUACUCUGAAUGUGUUGUGUGCCUAGUCCGGUUUUGGAAAACAUAGAAAAAAACAUAAUUUUUUUCAUCAAAAUUAUUUGUUGUUUUUCGUGUCCCGUGUUUCAUGUUCGUGAAUUGUCAUAUAGCUGUUUUAAACAAUCGAUUCCGAAUACACCAAUAACGAAAGACAAAAAAACAAAUAUUUUCAUUUUGUGCACGCAAAAUUUGCAGUCGUAACUAAAUUGGUCGGAGCAGGCAGAUAGAUAACAAAGUAAUAUGAACAAGCUGCGAAAUGUUGUGAAGACCGUUGUGCAGAGUCGCCUGCCGCAUGUGAUCCAAGUCCGAAAUGCCUGCGGCGGGGAACAGAAGGUGUCGAAGGGUCUGGUGAUUGGAUUGUAUCAGAAGGAGGGCGACAGGGAUCCCAAGCUAACGCCAGCUGGCGAAAAGGUCAACGAUCGUCUGCAAGGAAAGUUAACGGAGCUGAUUUGUGAGACCAAGAUCACGGGUCGCUUGGGCAGGGGCAAGGUGUUCAACAACAUUGAUCCGGAGUUUCGCAGUCUGGCCGUGGUUGGCGCCGGCCUCGAGGGCAUCGGCUUCAACGAACUGGAAAUGCUCGACGAGGGUAUGGAGAAUGUGCGCGUGGCCGCCGGAAUCGGGGCUCGAUCUCUGCAGGAGAUCGGCUGUUCGGAGGUCUUCGUCGAUGGCAUGGACUAUGCCGAACAGGCGGCCGAGGGUGCCGUGCUGGCCAUUUGGCGGUAUUGCGACCCGAACUCCAAGAGGAAACCCCCUCACAUUCCCAAGCUGGAGCUGUUCGAAUCCCCCGACUACGAUAGUUGGACCCGGGGAGUCUUCAAGGCGGAGGCCCAGAAUUUGGCCCGCCGGAUGUGCGAUACACCUGCGUGCUGUAUGACGCCCACUCUGUUCGCCCAGGCCACCGUGGACGCUCUGUGUCCUUGUGGCAUCACCGUGGAGAUCCGCACCAUGGAGUGGAUUGAACAGCAGCGAUUGCACUCAUUCCUGAUGAUCGCCAAGGGCAGCUGUGAGCCGCCAGUCCUGAUGGAGAUCACCUACUGCGGCACCAAUCCGGAGGACAAGCCGAUUUUGUUCCUGGGCAAGGGCAUUACCUUCAAUUCGGGCGCCAUAAAUCUGAGGGAAUGCAAGGGAAUGGAUGAGUACCGGGCGUGCAUGUCGGGAGCAGCAUCUUGUGUGGCCAUGAUGCGAUGCUGUGCGGCGCUAUCCUUGCCCAUCAAUGUCUGUUGCAUCAUCCCGUUGUGCGAGAAUAUGCCCUCGGGAAUGGCCUGCAAGCCGGGCGAUGUGGUCACCCUAAUGAAUCACAAAUCCCUGGCUGUCAGAGAUCUGGACAAGGCUGGUGUGGUGGUAAUGGCGGAUCCUAUGCUCUACGGACAGUCCACGUACAAGCCCCGCCUGGUGGUGGAUGUGGCCACCUUGGGUGAGGGCGUGAAGAAGGCUUUUGGCGGCGGUGCCACUGGAAUAUUCUCCAAUUCCCACUACAUCUGGAAGCAGUUCCAAUCCGCGGGCGCCCUAACUGGCGAUCGGGUGUGGCGUAUGCCACUAUGGAACUAUUAUAAGAAACAGAUCACCGAUGAAAAGGGCUACGACAUCAGCAACGAUGGCCGAGGAUUGGCGAGUUCCUGUUUGGCGGCUGCCGUUCUCCACGAACUGGUUCCCUGCGUGGAUUGGGCUCAUCUGGACACCCGGGGCACUGGCAUGCUGACAAAGUACGGCCUGAUACCAUAUCUGACCAGUAAAUACAUGACGGGUCGGCCCACUCGCACCCUGGUACAGUUCCUCUACCAAAUGGCCUGUCCCGCCAACCAAAAGUGAAGUCGAAUUUAGGAUGCAGUCGGCAGAAACCGACCGGAAUUGAAUCGAAUCAAAAUGCAGUGCAAUUGAACGCACUGCAGACAAUUUUACUGGAUAUAUGUAUCAAACGAGUCCUUGUAGAGUGGCGUAUUUUCAGCGAUUUCUGUGAAAUGUCCGAAGUUGUACAAAAUUUUAUGUUGGGAGUGGAGUUUUAUUUUUUUU